AGCGGAAACCUCGAGAGAGGACGAUGACGAUGAUUAUCAUAAACGCGUAAAGGACAGUAAAAGUGGAUUUGGACUUUUGAAGAACAGUUAUGAGUUUUCAAGACUGUUAGUUGCAGUGUUGUAAAGUGAGUUUCAGUUUCAGUUUGAGAUUGAGAUUCAGGUGAUGGCGCAACGUGAUGGGCAACAGCAAGAGCAACAUUAUCGGGAAUUUCGAGGAGACGAAAUAUUUGAAUCCAAUUCAAUACAUUCCACUUUUGCUUUGGCUUUAUGGCUGGGAGCUAUCCAUUUCAAUGUCCUUUUGGUUGUUGUCUCCCUCCUUUUCUUCCCUCUCUCCAUAUCGCUUAUCGUGUUUGGAUUGCUAUUAGUCUUUAUGUUUGUUCCCAUUGAUAAACAUAGCAAAUUUGGCAAACGCUUGUCCAGGUACAUCUGUAAGCAUGCAUGCAGUUAUUUUCCAGUCACUCUACAUGUUGAGGAUUUCAAUACCUUCCAUCCCGAUCGUGCUUAUGUUUUUGGUUAUGAGCCUCAUUCGGUUUUGCCAAUAGGGGUUGUUUCACUUGCUGACCAUACAGGGUUCAUGCCUCUCCAAAAAAUAAAGGUCCUUGCUAGUAGCGCUGUAUUCUACACACCAUUUCUGAGGCAUAUAUGGACAUGGUUAGGCCUUACACCAGCAACAAAGAAAAAUUUCACUUCUCUAUUGGCUGCCGGUUAUAGUUGCGUCGUAGUGCCUGGUGGAGUACAAGAGACUUUUCACAUGGAACGUGAUUCGGAGAUUGCCUUUCUUAAGACAAGAAAAGGAUUUGUUCGCAUAGCCAUGGAGACGGGCCGGCCCCUGGUUCCAGUUUUUUGUUUUGGUCAGUCAUAUGUCUAUAAAUGGUGGAAGCCAGGUGGGAAGUUGUUCCUCCAGUUUGCUAGAGCCAUCAAGUUCACCCCGAUUUACUUCUGGGGACUUUUUGGAUCUCCUAUACCCUAUGAACAUCCAAUGCAUAUAGUGGUGGGCAAACCAAUAGAACUGAAGAAAAAUCCACAACCUACCAUGGAAGAGGUGAAUGAUGUACAUAAACAAUUUAUUGAAGCACUUCAAGAUCUCUUUGAAAGGAACAAAGCAGGGGUUGGCUAUCCCAAUCUUAACUUAAAAAUUCUUUGAUCAGAUUGUAAUAUAUUCAAAUGGUCUCUCACCUUUGAAUAAUUAUGUUUAUUUAUGUGCCACUUCUUUCUUUAUACAUAACAUUGUAGUUUAUGCACAACAUUGUAUUCAAUGAGCUAAGGAAGAAAAUGGAACUUCAAAUGCUCCUGAAAAGUGUUUGAUUUGAUA